CAUAAUGGAACUGAAAGACCAAUGUUUCUGUUAAUAAUUUAUUAUCCAUUUCAAAAUUAUUUUUAUAUAAUGCUUGCAUUAGAACAUAUCGGUUCAAUCUGGACUUCUUUGCUUAACUCAGCAUGCUACACUUUUUUAAAUUCCAUUAUGGUAAAUGUCAUAGUGCAAAUGAAGAUAGUACAAUACUAUUUUAAAACUAAUAUACAAGAGGGUGAAAAAAUCAAAGAUGAGUAUGAGGCCGAUAAAAUAUUCACACGAGCAAUUAAAAAACACCAAGAAUUUAUAAGCUAUAUAGAAACUCUAAAUGAGAAUAUCAAAUACGCGGUUAUGAUUGAGUAUUUUGUUGCUUCUCUCAUGGUAGCUAACAUAAUUAUACUUGCUCUGGGGGGAGACAUCUUCUACAUAUUUUUGUUAAUAGUUGUGUCCGUUCAAUUAUCCGUUUUCGGAUUACUUGCAGAUGAAAUAAAAAUUCAGAGCGAACAAAUUGGUUUAGCGGUGUAUUCAUGUAACUGGACCACUCAGUCUAAGCAAAUUAGAAAGGAAUUGACUUUUGUUAUCAUGCGCUCACAAAAAGCUUUAGUUCUACGCAUCGGACCUUUCGGACCCAUGACUGCAGAAUCUGUAGUAGCUAUAUUCAAGUUGGCAUAUUCGUAUGCUUCAUUUUUCUCUGGUAUAAAAUAAGUAUAAUAUAGUGUUUCCCCAUUCCAUGUUAUACUAAACCUAAACACAAGUUAUAUUUAAUGUUAAGCGUUCCUUGACUAUUAAUGCUUUUAGCUAAAAUUUUAAUAUAUGAGUAGCGCAAAUCAUAUAUUUAGUGUA